AUGGAGUCCUCGGAGUCCUGGACCUCUCCAGCAGCAUCAUUCGAAUCCUAUGAUGGUCCGCCACGGAACAUCGCAAGCAUUGAUGCUGUCAACUUUCCAUCAGAUCUUCAACCGAAGCAGUACGACAUCCUCGGCACUCACAUGGACUCCAAGAUUCUGUUUCUGGACGUAAACAUCCUCGAGGCAACCGGAAAACUGCCAUAUCGUGGUGACGUCUACAUUGAAGGAAAACGCAUCAAGUUCGUUGGCGAAGUCCCCAUCAAGGACGAGCUGGUGAAGAACCCAAAGGUCCGGAUUUUUCACGGGCGAGGGAGGACCCUCAUGCCAGGUCUCGGCGAUGCACAUACACACUUUACGUGGAAUGGAGGUGACUUAAACCGACUGGGCGAUCUCGAAGUUGAGGAGCAUGUACUUCUAACUGCGCGGAGCGCCCAGUGCUAUAUUGACUCUGGCUAUACAAUGUGUUUCGGUGCGGCAUCAGCUAAAGAACGGCUGGACGUCGUGAUCCGCAACGCAAUCAACGCAGGCGACAUCCCUGGACCGCGCUACCUGGCCAAUGGCAAAGAAAUGGCCCGCCGUAACGGUGACCUGGUCGCCGGAAUCACGGCGUUUGCUGACGGACCUGAUGAGAUGAGAGAGGUGAUCCGGCAUCAUGUCAAACUCGAUGUCGAUAAUAUUAAGCUGUCCAUGUCUGGAGAAGAGAUUACCGAGAUUCGCUCGGCCCAAGACUGCUACUUUACGGAUGAAGAAACGGCGGCAUGCGUUGACGAGGGUCAUAAGCUCGGAAAGAGACUAUGUGCGCAUGCACGCGCUCGAGACUCGGUGAAGAUGUGUAUCAAGCACGGAGUUGACGUAAUUUACCAUGCCUCGUAUAUCGAUGAAGAGGGAAUGGACAUGCUCGAAGCCGCGAAGACGCGGCACAUUGUCGCGCCAGGCAUCAACUGGCUGGUUGCCACUUUAAACGAAGCUGCCGCAUUCGGCUACACACAUGAGAAAGCUGAGCAGGUAGGGUACAAAAAGGAGCUUGAGGCCGCUAUCCGCGGACUCCGAGAAAUGCACAGACGUGGCAUUGUUGUGCUGCCUGGCGGAGACUACGGCUUUGCAUGGACACCUCACGGCACAUACGCGCGCGAUCUCGUGCACUUCCAAAAGCUGCUAGGCUUUACAGCACACGAAGCCAUCAUCUCGGCGACCUAUGGUGUGGCCAAACUGUUUAUGCAAUCCCACGAGAUGGGCCAGCUGAAACCGGGGAACCUCGCCGACUGUAUCCUUGUCGAUGGGCGGCCCCUGGACGACUUGGCUGUGUUGCAAGACCACGACAAGUUGAACGUCAUCAUCAUCAACGGCCGUGUCCACAAGGCGGGUCGCAAGGAGUAUAUCGCACCACCCAUUGCUGGGCAGGACGCAAACCAGCAUCCCAUUGUACCUGACUUCCCAGAGGUGAAGAAGGAGAUGCAGAAACAGUAUUGA